AUGGCUGGUGCUUAUGACACUGAACAACAGAGAAUGAUUGACAGAAUAAAAUACAUUGCAUUUCGUGAAGCUCGUGAUGCUGGUGCAACAUUUAUAGACAGACAAUGGAUCGCCGAGAAAAUUCACCGUACAACUCGAUUUGUCACAGCUUGGUGGGAAAAAUCAUAUGACCAAUGCUUUGCUGAUUAUUCGAAUACUGGCCCCAAGCUCAAAUUAUCACAAGGUAGUCAAGACAUCAGUCGUAAAGCAAAUGGUCAACAAGGAAAAAGUUGUUCCAUCGUGGCAAAGGAAAUAGCAGAAAGCCAGAAAGAAUACGUUACUCCAAGAACAAUCAAUAAUUAUCGUCAUAGAGAAGCAUUAAAACCAUUCCAUGUUGUUUCAAGACCAUUAAAAUCUGAAACUCAUAUAUCAGAUCGUUUAUGGCUAUGUGAUUGGUUAAAAGAUUGGACCGAAGAGGAUUUUCUUCAUCUUGCACCAUCUGAUGAAUUUUAUGUGUGGGUCGCUCGCAAACCAAAUUAUCAGAACGACCGAAUUCGGGCAAAAAGUAUUGAAGAUAUUGAAGAAGAUGAAAGGUAUCGUGAAAUGGUUCAACAUCAAGCAUGUAUUGGAGUUUUUAUUAUGUUUACAGGUCGAUUCCGUUAUUUUUAA